AUGCCUUGUGUCGAUAUAGAUUGCUCUAGUGUCGGUAGUACAGCUACUGAAAAGCCACCUAAUGUUAUUUCUACCCCGUUGGGACUUGCUAUAGUGGAGAUUCAAGGUGAAUUAAAUCUCCCACAAACCCAACCUUCUAGAGACGCGAACCCGGAAUAUUUAGCGAAUUUCGCCACGGUAGAUGAUAUAUAUACAGCCGUAAGAUUUGGAUCUCUUGAACUUGAUCCGAAGGAUGAGGAGAAAGCAGUAGUUUAUAUUGGUAAGUCGCAACGUUUGAUGGGGAAAUUGGUUAAUUUGGAUACCCCAUUAGGAGUGCUACGUCUUGGAUCUAAAGAUAUAAAAAUGGUUGAUAUCAUUUAUAAAAAGUUGAUUUUCAAGGAUAGACCAUUACCAAUUAUGUAA